AUGGAGGUGCUGCGGCGCUCUUCGGUUUUUGCCGCCGAGAUCAUGGACGCCUUUGACCGCUCGCCCACCGACAAGGAGCUGGUGGCCCAAGCGAAGGCGCUCGGCCGAGAGUUCGUGCACGCCCGGCUCCUGCGCGCCGGCCUCUCCUGGAGCGCUCCCGAGCGCGCCGCGCUCGCCCCGGGCGGCCGCCUGGCGGAGGUGUGCGCGGUGCUGCUGCGCCUGGGGGACGAGCUGGAGCUGAUUCGGCCCAGCAUCUACCGCAACGUGGCGCGCCAGCUGAACAUCUCCCUGCACUCCGAGAGCGUGGUGACUGACGCCUUCCUGGCCGUGGCAGCCCAGAUCUUCGCUGCAGGCAUCACGUGGGGCAAGGUGGUGUCCCUGUACUUGGUGGCCGCGGGGCUGGCUGUGGACUGUGUGCGGCAGGCCCAGCCCGCCAUGGUUCAUGCUCUCGUCGAUUGCCUCGGGGAGUUUGUGCGCAAGACCCUGGCAACCUGGCUGCGGAGGCGCGGUGGAUGGACCGACGUCCUCAAGUGUGUGGUCAGCAGCAACCCUGGCUUCCACUCCCAUUGGCUUGUGACCGCACUCUGCAGCUUCGGCCGCUUCCUGAAGGCCGCCUUCUUCGUGCUGUUGCCAGAAAGAUGA